AUGGAUGGCAUCGGCAGGGAGCUGUUUAACAAGAGCGACAAAAUCAAGCACUACGCCAUCUUCCAGGAACGUCCAAAGUUCACUGCGCAAGGCGGUGUUCGCAUUCCCCUUGAGAACCUCAACCCUUUGGGGCCCCGAGCGCUUUCAAGUGCACAGACCUUGUUAUCAAUUUCGCAUCUGGGCAGGAGAAACCCCAACGAGACCUGA